AUGCCUCCCGUUCCCGCUCAGCGAAGAGCUCUACCCCAUGAAGAACCGGCUCUCUCGGACGAAGAUGUCGGCUUCCUCUUUCAAGUCAUCACCAGCGCGGAGCGCUAUCCGGACGCCGAUCGCCUACCAUAUAGAGUGCUGUUCAAAGCAUAUGAUGAGGCAGUCGCGGAGCAUGGUCCGCAGGCGGACCCAGGAUUGGCCCUCAUGCGCUUCCUGUUCAAGAUGGGAAGCAAGGAUGUCAGAGGGGAUACCCUGUUCGAGCGGUUUGAGAAUCUGCUACAGCAAAGGGGCAUCGUGAUUGAGCUUGGUAACGAGGAAAAUGAUGCAGAUACUUACACUGAUAAUGUCUCUUUCUCCGAUGCUCAGCCCAGAACGAGGCCCGAAGCGAUCCCGAUGGAGAACACGACUCAAACCAUCGACCUGCCUCGGCCACGACGAGCGUCCUUCAAUUCAAUGUACGAUGUUGGGGGCGAUCCAACUACUCGGAGUUUUAUCAAUCGUCCGAGCUCGCGCUCCUCGUUGUCACGACUGCAAAUUGGCAAGCCCGAGUUCGAGUUUUCAACUGUGGCGGAUAGCAGAGGAGCCGAGUCGACCGAUAGGACGCAACUGAUUGCACAGUUCAUGGAUGUUGGACGUCGGCUGAUCAGCAAAAUGGAUUCUUUCCAAUCGGCGAGGAAACGGUCUGAAGAAUUCUCAUCUGCUGUCAAGCAAGACCGUUCGAAGCGCAUGGCAGGCGCUUCCCGAGCCAAAGUAUCUAAGCCCCGUAGCGUGAGCUCUGGAAGCUCAGACGGAGACCUUGGGGACGAAGAGGAGGAGGGAGGGGAGGAUCUGUCGUUGGGUUCGCAGGAUGCCGAGCCCUUCGCAAAACCAGAUUUACCACCAGAGAUGCUCUACCGCCCUUCCUUAUCCGAUCUAUUGAGGGAUGCCUCUACGUUCAACAUGUAUCGACAGCGGGCAAUCAACAGACGAAUUCUCACGCAAUGGAUGAAAAAAUGUGCUCAGGCACGCCAGGCUCAUCAGAACAUGGAGAUGGUUGCCGUCAACAGGGAUAGGGUCACUCUUCUUCGGCAGGCUUUCGGCACUUGGAACACUAUCAUUCGGAACAAAAGACAGGUGGCUAGAACGGAGAGAUUCUUCAAGCACUUGGAAGAGCGCGCCGCUCGGGCUCGAGAUUUAUACUUGUUGACAAAAGCUUUUACCCACUGGGCUGCCGUUGCUUCAGAUGAACUGGAAAGAACAACUGCGGCUCGACGUCAUCUCCUCGGUGUCAAGUACUUCAAUGCAUGGCGUGAAAUAACCGCAGUUAAUGUUCUCAAAGCUCAGCGAUUCGCGUUGCACCGGCCUCUACAGGCUUUGAAGAGAAAGGUUGAUCAUGUCAAAAGCCUAGAGGCACAGGCCGUUCUCCAUCAUGAUUCAAAGCUGAAACACGGUUUCUACUGGCAAUGGUUCUGGAGUCUCUGUGAUAGACGUGCUCCUAGAUGGCACGAUUAUUGCGUAAAGAGGCGGGCCCUGCUCUCUUGGCUGCGAACCUUUAGAACAAACAGAGAGCGUCUCCACGAGAUUGAGAUGAAUAACAAGCAUUCCGUGCUGAGAUCUGCUUUGCAGACCUUGUCUGCAAGGUCCAAAGCAAUCGUAUCCGCUGAACAGAAUGCCGUAUCCAUGCAGCGACACCGCGUCUUACAGAGUUCUUUCGACGAAUGGAAGGUCCAAGCCCGUCUAGCACCAGCUGCUUCCCGUGUCGCAGAUACGGCUGAUAUUCAUAUUCUACACUCAGCAUACAGUCAAUGGGUGAAACGUAUCGACAUGCUUAACCAAGCAAGGGAAUUGGAUCGGCGCAGGAUUAUGCGGAAUUCGUGGGUUGCGUGGAACGAUACGCUGCGCUGUCAGGCGCUCAACGCACGCAUUGAAGAGCGCUUGAAGAUUGAGACCAUGUAUAAAUGGAUACUGGUGGAGCGGUUCCACCUCAUGCAACGAAUCCGUGAACAGCGAAUCAAACGAGAAGUUUUUUCUACGUUUGUGACGAAUAUUCGUGAGACAUACACGCAACUGCUCUAUCACGCCGAUAACUAUGAAGAUCGUCGUAAUGACGACUUGCUGCGGACCAAGCUCGAUUCCUGGCGGAACCGGCUGGCUCUUCAACAUCAGCGCGAAGAUAUGGCAUUUGAAUUCUACGCCCCGCGCCUUGUGCAAGAAUCCCUUGUGGCAUGGAGGUCAAAGCUCCAACAUACGGCAAAACUGGAGGAGUGGUCCCGCGACGCUAGCUUCUAUUUUGCUGCGACUCGCACAUUGAAACGCUGGCAUGCUGCAACACUGGACUCUGCUAAACGCCGUCGCCAGGAAUCUUACGCAAGAGUUCGACGGUUGAUCAAGGUCAACCUUGCCUCAAAGGCCUUCUCAGCUUGGCGGUCCAGAGCACAUGAUGUUGUUGAGAUGGAGCAGCAAGCCGUGCAGCUAGACAGAGGAAAAUCGCUAGACAUUGCAUCAGAACUGCUGGAUCAGUGGCACGAGAGAACUGCAAAACAACUGCACGAAUGCGAGGAUGCCGACAUCUCCUAUUUCAAAAAAAUUGCUUACAGCCAGCUGAUACGAUGGGCUGAGGGUGUGGUCGAGUCCCGUCAGUUGGAGGAGCAGGCAAUUAGUGUGUAUCGGCUUCAUCUACUCGGCCAGGCCAAUGCCUCACUUCGCAAGCUGAGUUUCCGCAUAUUUCAGAUUCAUAGCAACGCCGAAACUGCUGAUGCCAUGAAGGAACGCAAUCUUAGGAAGCACUCGAGGGGGAUGUUCCGCCUUUGGGUGGAUAAAGCGAGGAUGAGUCUUGAGGCUCGUGAUUCUCCGGGACCCUUGAUGAGUCCUACGAGGAACCUCAGCCGUGCUGCUACGAGUGGCACAGAACCAUCCAUCUUCGACCCUUGGCACGUCGAGACCCCGUUCAAGCUUAAUGACUUUGUCCCCGAGCUCCAACCCACGUCCGCGACUCCACUAGCCACGCCCAACUUCAUGACUUCACCGUCUAGGCGUGCAGCAAGGGCGCGAGCGCUAGCGCGAGCUUCUACAACUCCAGCAACGCCGCUCCAAACGCCGUUUGCCAGCCGACUUUUGCGAGAGGGGGUUUCUAUACCAACCACAUCGAGCCGACCAAAUCGUAGCGGACGCCGGACGCCGUUGACCACGAGUGUUAGGUUCGCUGACCAGGAUCCUGAGUCGCCCACCAAUGGUAGGGGAUCGUCCAACCGACGGCCAUAA